AUGUUCAGCUUCAAGAUCAGUGAAACACUUUUUUUCUUAGCUAUUCUAGGACCCCUUGUCACCAGCAUUGAUGGCCAAGCAGAGUUCACCCUUCCCAAGAAUGUGAUACCGCCGCCAACGGGUCCUGUUCGUCAUGCCACCGUCGACAUCCAAUGCGGGAACAACUACGGCACGUACCCAAUGGGCAAAGGUUGGGUCUCAUGCACAAAUUAUGGCGCAUGGCAAUACAGGUGUAAGGAAGCAUCGUGUUACGUUGGACAAGAACGAAAUAAAUUGGCCACCAAGGAGCUCUACUUCUACGACUGUCAACGGCUAGGUAUUGAAGAACUUCUUCCAAGGAUACUGGCUGUGAGAUACAAAGCGGUAAAUCUGGCCGGUGCCAUAGAAAUUAUGGAUACAAAUGGCCAGGAAUAUAGCUGCCGAUGGGUAAAGCCUACAGAUCCGGGGAACGUCAGAGCUUCAUGCUCACAAUGUGAGGAGCACCAUUUCCUCCUUCCAAUUCCUCCUCAAAGGAGCGAACUGUAA